UUCCAGCACCAUCCCCGCCAUUUGCAGUUACCCUUUUGAUGCUGCUGCCCCAGCUGCUCCCAGGUGUCACCUUCGCUCCGCUGGCCGAAGUACUGGUAGUCCGUGGAGACCUGGGCAGGGGUCGCCAGCAGCAGGAGCAGCAAAGGGAGCAGCAGCCCUGCCGCCUGGCUCCGGGCCAUGCCCGACUCCAACUGCCCCCAACGCGCUCCAGGGCAAAGUCGCGCGAGGAGUCUGGGGCGCCCGUGCAACCCAACCUCCCCGGGCCGGUGCAGUGGUCGCGGCCCGCAGCUGCGUCUCCCCCCGCCGCCCGCAGACUCAUGGACCCGGCCGCUCCGCUUCCCCUCCCCCCCGCGCCCUGCGCGUCUUGGUUCCGGCCGCGCAUAAAAGCCUGGGCGGCCCAGGGCGCAUUUGGCGCUGAGAACGCAGCUCCACGCGUCUGGUCGUCCUUGCGUCAGGCCUCUACCCACGCAGGCCCACUACGCAGCGUGACCUUGGGAAGGGAGAACAAAAGGUCUUUUCUCCGCUCACUGACCGGGCGGGGGUCUCAGCUUUCAGUUAUGAUCUGCAAAGUGCAAAUCGGCAAGCCCGCCCCUGACUUUAAAGCCACUGCCGUGGUGGAUGGCGCCUUUAAGGAGGUGAAGCUUUCGGACUACAAAGGGAAGUACGUGGUCCUCUUUUUCUACCCGCUGGACUUCACUUUUGUGUGCCCCACGGAGAUCAUCGCUUUCAGCGAUCACGCUGAGGACUUCCACAAGCUGGGCUGCGAAGUGCUGGGGGUCUCUGUGGACUCUCAGUUCACCCACCUGGCUUGGAUUAACACCCCCCGGAAGGAGGGAGGCCUGGGCCCCCUGAACAUCCCCCUGCUUGCUGAUGUGUCUAGAAGCUUGUCUCACGACUAUGGCGUGCUGAAAGACGAUGAAGGCAUUGCCUACAGGGGCCUCUUUAUUAUCGACGGCAAGGGUGUCCUUCGCCAGAUCACUAUUAACGAUCUGCCUGUGGGGCGCUCUGUGGACGAGGCUCUGCGGCUGGUCCAGGCCUUCCAAUACACCGACGAGCACGGGGAAGUCUGUCCCGCUGGCUGGAAGCCUGGCAGCGACACAAUCAAGCCCAACGUGGAUGACAGCAAGGAGUACUUCUCCAAACACAACUAGGCUGGUAGAUGGAUAGUGACCUUGUGCUGUUGGCCCCCACGUGUGCCCCUACCUGGAUGCCCUGUGAUGACCCAGGAAAGGCUAAACCUGCCCCUCUAAACUCCACAAUCCCUGGAGGGCUAGACCAAGGUCUUCUUAUGCCCCUACAUGGCACCUGGUGAAUAAUGACCCCACCCAUCCUGGCACAGACCUAGAGGUAACCAAUAAAGCAUUGGGGACAGA